AAGAAAAUGUAGUGAAGAAGAGAAAGAACCUCUUGGAGUAAAAGAGGAAGAGGAGGAAGACGUUUUGGGAGUGAAAGAGGAAGAGACAGAAGAUCAGAUUACCACCAGAGAGAGACAUGACUAUCGUGGAUCUUCUGGGGAGCCUCAACAACAUCCUGAUGCUGACGAGGCAGUGAAGAGUCUCUCCAGAUCAGAACACCAGAUGGACAACGGUUGCCCUUCCACCCUCCCGGGGUCCAUGUGUCGUGCCUCUCCUGGUAGCACCUUACUGCUGGGUAUGAAGAGGUUGUCUGUGCUGCUGGUGGACUGCAGGAAAACAACGGGGCUGAGUGGAACUGUGAAAGGAGGAGAAGAGAAGAAAGGAUCAGAUUUGACUCAUCAAAAAGAGAGACCCGACUCGGAGGAACCAGAGACGUCUGAACCAGCGAGACGACACCACUGUUCCCAGUGUGGAAAGAGUUAUACCCGUUUAUGGAGCCUGAAAAACCACAAGAGAACACAUGCAGAGAGGAAGUCUUACAACUGUUCCCAGUGUGCAAAGAGUUUUAACCAUUUAGGGAAUCUUAAAAACCACAAGAGAACACAUGCAGAGAGGAAGUCUUACAACUGCUCUCAGUGUGCAAAGAGUUUUACUCAUUUAUGUAACCUAAAAUCGCACGAGAGACGACACACAGGAGAUAAGCCUUACCAAUGCUCUCAGUGUGGUAAGAGAUUUAUUGAGUCAACAGAACUGAAAGUUCAUAAGAGAAUACACACAGGGGAAAAACCAUUCCAAUGCUCUCAGUGUGUAAAGACAUUUUCCCGACCAGGGGACCUGAAAUCUCAUGAGAGAAUACACACAGGGGAAAAGCCGUACCACUGUUCCCAUUGUGAAAAGAGUUUCGGCUGGUCAGGGACACUGAAAGAGCAUGAGAGAAUGCACACAGGAGAAAAGCCAUUCCAAUGCUCACAGUGUGGAAAGGGUUUUAGCCAGUUACGGUACCUGAAAACGCACGAGAUGAUUCACACAGGAGAGAAGCCUUUCCAGUGCACUCAGUGUGGAAAGAGUUUUAUCCUGUUAGUAAACCUGAAAUCACAUGAGAGAAUACACACAGGGGAAAAGCCAUACCAUUGUUCCCAUUGUGAAAAGAGUUUCAGCUGGUCAGGGACACUGAAAGAGCAUGAGAGGACACACACAGGAGAAAAGCCAUUCCAAUGCUCUCAAUGUGGAAAGGGUUUUACCCAGUCAGGGAGCCUGAAAAUGCAUGAGAGAAUGCAUACAGGGGAAAAGCCUUUCCAUUGCUCCCAAUGUGGAAAGAGUUUUACCCAAUUAAGGAGCCUGAAAAGUCAUGUGGUGACACACAAAGGAGGGUAGCCUCACCUCUGCUCCCAGUGUGGAAAGAGUUUUACCCAAUUAAGGAGCCUGAAAAGUCAUGUGGUGACACACAAAGGAGGGUAGCCUCACCUCUGCUCCCAGUGUGGAAAGGGUUUUACCCAAUUAAGGAGCCUGAAAAGUCAUGUGGUGACACACAAAGGAGGGUAGCCUCACCUCUGCUCCCAGUGUGGAAAGAGUUUUACCC